UCUUAACCAAAUCCUUAAUCGUCUCAUCAAACUCAACGCCACCAUUUCCAGUCCUCCUCGAGAUUCGGAGCUCUCCUCCGAUGGCGGCCCUAACCCGCCUUUCGAAACCCUCCUCCUCCUCCGCCUUCUCUUCCAUGGCGGCCUAUGUGUCGAGGUCCUUCGCCUCCGCUAUGGCGUCGGAGCCGACCGCCCCUUCUCCCUUCUCUCCGCCGCCGCCGCCGUUCGCUCUCAAGCCCAACCUCCCACGUCGAGAUCCGAAUGACAGGGACGUGCAGUGGGUCUUCCUCGGCUGCCCCGGCGUCGGAAAAGGCACCUACGCCAGCCGCCUCUGCAACCUCCUCGGCGUCCCCCACAUCGCAACCGGCGAUCUCGUCCGCGAAGAGCUCGCCUCCUCCGGUCCCCUCUCUCGACAGCUGUCUGAGAUUGUUAACCAGGGUAAGUUGGUUUCCGAUGAAAUAAUAAUAAGCUUGUUGUCGAAGAGGCUGGAGGCUGGGGAAGCUAAUGGUGAAUCUGGGUUUAUUCUUGAUGGUUUCCCUCGAACAAUAAAACAGGCGGAAAUACUGGUAGAGGUCAUCGACAUUGACAUGGUGUUAAAUUUGAAGCUUCGGGAAGAUGUGUUGCUUGAGAAAUGCCUUGGUAGAAGAAUUUGUGGUCAGUGUGGGAAAAACUUUAAUGUGGCGUCCAUUAAUGUUAAGGGCGAGGAUGGGAGACCUGGAAUGAGUAUGGCUCCACUCCUCCCCCCUCCAGAUUGUAUGUCAAAGCUGAUUACCAGAUCAGAUGAUACCGAAGAAGUUGUAAAAGAACGUUUCAGAGUAUACUAUGAAAAGAGUCAACCCGUUGAGGAAUUCUACCGUAGUAGAGGGAAGUUAUUGGAAUUCGAUUUGCCAGGAGGAAUUCCUGAAUCAUGGCCAAAGUUGCUUCAAGUUCUUAAUCUUGAUGAUCACGAGGACAAGCGAUAUGCUGCAGCAUAAGUUAUUCUACCGCCCCUAUUUAAUGGUCAACAUGCCAUUUGUUUGUGUGUUCGGUGCAUGCUACCAAAGGAACCUCCUUUUCCGAGAAUAAAUUACUUGAAAUUUCCGGAAAUUCUUUUACGGCUGGAUGCCCAGCUGACUCUUCAAUUUUGUUUGUCAUUUUAUUAUUUAAAGAGGAUUCGAAUACUAUUGUAAUAUGAGAGAGAGUUACAGUAAUUAUGAUUUUGGUAGGGACGUGAUUAAAGAGACAAUUUUGUGAUGACAAUUAACUUAAAAUAAGGAGGCUAAUUGACUUUGAUUUGUAUUGUCUGCAGAAUAAUGUUAAUUAUUGUGGUAAAGGAUUGUUGAGCUCGUAAAGCAUGUUGAAUUUGCAGCUGGCCGAGCUGGUUGGCUGGAGUAGUGCCAAGCAGUAAGUUAAUUCAGCUGCAACAUCAGAAAGGGGCACAAAACCAGCUCUUCACCACAAUAGUUUGGGUGGUGCAAGAUAGAUUGUGCUGUAUAUUUUACCUAAUUUACCUUCUCUAUGGUCAAAUUCAUAUACUUUAAAACCAUAUCGUCAGCAUGAAACCAUGAUUAUCUAAGUGGAAAUCAAAUGUAGUUUAGAACUUAAUAGGGACAUUUCUACCUGAUGAACAAUAUUA